AUGGCAGGUAAUCACACUAAAAAGAAUAAUACUGAGCGACGAGAUUCCUUAAAGCCAUCGCCUCCUCAGCAACGCAAAAAUUCAAAUGCCAAGAAAGAUUCUGCACCUAGUUCAUCACCUCGUCCAACCAGUGCAAGUCCUCGUCAUGAGAUGAAAUCUAUGGGUGGUGGUGUACUACCUCCAUUUGCAGCCAUGGCAGCCGCAGCAGGUGCCAAUCAAGCCCCCAUCAAAACAGAUGGAUUCAAUGGAGCCGAAGUGAUCACAUUUCUUAAUCUUCGCUAUUCGGACAGCUUGACAUCCUUCCAUGAUACAAACCUUGAUUCUCUUCACCGUCCAGAGAUGUACGAAGUGCCGGAACCUGCACCUGUACAACCGGCUUGGGGUGGCCGCUCUGGUUCACCAUGGGCCAAGAAUAUUACAACUACUCCUACUCCUACUGCCACUGCCACUAGCUCUUUUGAUUUUCACACAGAUAAACACACAGGUACACACAAGUUACGCCACUCAUUUCACAAUCGGAUAUCUUGUAAUCUACCUUCUUCUUUCCUUUCUAAACUACGUUUCUUGGCGCAGUACAUGGCAGCACAUUACAUGGAAGUACUAGCUUGGUACAGCAAAUUACUAUCAUUAUUAGAGCCUGAAUAA